AUGAUGUUGAAUUACCAAAACCAGCUAAGACUACAAAACAAUUUCAACAACAUGAUCUCAAACAACAAUAAUCUAUCAAACUUGUCCUCCACUAUGUCCGAUAAUAUGCCAAUCAACUCUUCCUCGAAUAACAAUAGCGAGAGAAAAUAUAUCACACUUUUACCUUCUUUGAUCCGUACUAAUGAUGUCGAAUCCAAUUUGAAAAUCAAGUUAACAAAACAUGCCUUUAAUAACGAAUUAGAACCUGAUCUUGCCAACGAUCCAGAGGGAACCGCCUCUCAAAAUUACAUCACUCCUUCAAAUAUCCAAUCCCCAACUUUAAAUAACUACACACAUAAUUCUCUACCAAGUCUCACCACUUCUUCGAGUAUCAAUAAUAUGAUUUCAUUCAAUAACACUCCAAUCAAUAGCAGCACAUCGAGUAUCCAUUCCAUUCUAUCCGGUCAAAAUAAUCUUCUGCCGAAUCAAUCAAACUCCCUUGUCUAUACAAACUCUACUUCUUCAUCUGUCUCUUCUUCUCCCAAAUAUAUCCCAACAACCACUACAACCACCGUGGGUGUCGAAGCUUCAACACCAAUCCCACCUCAUACAUCGUCUUCUUCUUCUCCUGCAAAUGCAACCCCUACAAGCACAACUCCUUCCACCACAACUUCCAAAUUACCUAAAAAGAAAAAACAUAUUUGCAAGAUUUGUUCAAAGACUUUAACCACUUCUGGUCAUUUAGCAAGACAUUAUAGAAUUCAUACAGGUGAAAAAAAUCACCGUUGUCCUUUAGAAGGUUGUAAUCAAAGAUUUAGUAGACAUGAUAAUUGUAUACAACAUUACAAGACUCAUUUGAAAAAGAAAAAUUUGAAUUUAACAAAUUAA